AUGGAUCUUCUUCUGCACUGGGGUUAUCCAUUGUUGUCGGACGAGUACCGGCAGUUCCCACCGCUACUGUCGGCAGCGAUACUGGUCGUGCUACUGGCCGGCCUGACACGCGCUCUGCACCUUGAUGGUUUCAUGGACUGCUGUGAUGCAUUGCUGGGAGGAUUCGACCGGGAGAGGCGCCUGGAAAUUCUGCGAGACUCCCACGUGGGGGCUUUCGCUGUCGUGGGAGCGAUCAGCCUUCUGCUGGUCAAGGUUGCUGCUAUCAUGGCUCUUCCGGUGGGAGGGCGGUUCUGGAUAUUGCUGUUGUUCCCAUGCCUGUCGCGGUGGUCGAUGCUGGUCGUCCUGGAAUUUUUCCCCUACGCCAGGCGGCAGGGAAUAGGAGUGCCGUUCCAGCCGGAGAGACGGAGAUGGCAACUGCUGUUUGGAUUGGCAGUUACAGUGAUUGCCACGGUUGCCCUGGCGGGACCGUUCGGGUUGGUAUUGUGGCUGCUGGCCACGACCGUUGCGCUGGCAUUCAGUGGCUGGGCGUCACGGCUCCUUGGUGGAGUGACUGGAGACGUCUACGGAGCUGUAAACGAGUUAGCCGAGGCAUCGGUGCUGAUGCUGGCUGCGAUACUGGCUUAUGCCGUCUCUGAAACUUUGCUUGAGCCAAUCCAUCGGUUCGGUUGGUGA